CCAAUGUUAAAAUGGAAAACAAAGUGCAAGAGAAAACGGAGAGAGAAAGUGAAGAUCAAAAAGGUAAUUUUCAGAAUAAAAAGUCGUAUCUUUUUUUUUACGAUUAAUGAGUGCCUACAACUCUAAGUAAUUGACCGGGUACUUUUUGUUUUUUGUUUUUUGUUUUGCUUUUUUUUUAAUUGAGGUAUGUUGUAAUUUUAUCUAUCCUAUAUUCGAAAACGUUCUCCUUUUAAUUCCUUAGGAUUAACUUCUUUCUCUUUCUAAUAAGCAGCCCUUUCCCAGUGCGUUUUCGUUCAAAAAUAAAAUCAAACUAAACAAAGCCAAAUACAACGCCGAUUCAGUUAAGCUGUACGUCAUAAUGUCUCUUACGGGUCGUUUCCUUUUGCAACUAAUCAAGCGCCGAACAAAAGAAGCUAGGCGCCACGUUUGAAACACUACCUUUGAAUAAGUGCCUCCCUGAUAAUCCUUUCCAUAAAAGGGUCCCCGGGCCAUAAACUGAAUCAUAAGCCGAAUUAUCCUUUUGCAACCCGAGGAGGUAUAAUACUAAUCUUUGUAUUUGCUAUGUUAUUACAGUUGAAAUCAAAGGAAAGAAGUGUUUCUCUAAACCUUCGGUAAGAGUUGCAGCAGUUGUGGUUGGUAUAGCCUUGGCAGCCGUUGUCAUUUCGUCCGUUUAUGCAGCAGGAGUGUUUGAUUCUGGACCCGAGUUACCAGAAGUAAUGGAAGGAGAGGCUACCUUUUCAUCUGACGACAGGGAAGGAGAAUUUUUCCAUGUGCUCAUCGAUUAUAAGAGGAAACUAAUUCAGCUUACUUCAGUGGGUUAUCUGCCCUCGUCGUUUCCACUAUCGAGACGACGGCUUAUGUCUUUUGAAGAAAAUGAUACAGCAAAUGGGACCAAUAUCAAUGCCACCAAAAUCGUCAUACAGGAUUACAACACGGUAAGGUACUCAUGUUUAAAAAACAAAGCAAAUUUGUUGUUGAAGACAUAUUUCAUGAUAAAACUGAAUUUCUGCUUGACAUUUUUAAAACAGCAAUGGAUAUUCUACCCACUGCAGUGGACCUAAACAGCAGACUUAAACAAUAUUUAAUAUGACNGACGACGGCUUAUGUCUUUUGAAGAAAAUGAUACAGCAAAUGGGACCAAUAUCAAUGCCACCAAAAUCGUCAUACAGGAUUACAACACGGUAAGGUACUCAUGUUUAAAAAACAAAGCAAAUUUGUUGUUGAAGACAUAUUUCAUGAUAAAACUGAAUUUCUGCUUGACAUUUUUAAAACAGCAAUGGAUAUUCUACCCACUGCAGUGGACCUAAACAGCAGACUUAAACAAUAUUUAAUAUGACAUUUAUUUUACGUUCAUCUAGAGAGCUUUCUUUUUUUUGACUUUAUUACCUUAAUGUCAGAGUUCUUGCAGAAAGGCCCCCGUAAAUUGCUGGAGACGUAUUGGUACAGCAGGCCAGGCAACAUGCUAUAUCCCAGAUAAAAGGGUCCCUUGUAAACAGAAAUCAAGUGCGAGACUGUCAGCUAGGAUUGUUUCUUAUUAACUGCUCGAGCGAAUAUCGGACAUGUAGGUUGGCCACCGACUAUAGAUUUAUUCCAGCGCCGUUCUCGCCAUAGUGAAUCGUCGGUGUACGGCAUUUCUGUCUGAUGAGGGUUUAGCUCUUGAUACUCUUCACGGCGCCCAGUUCACCUUGAAACAGACUAAAAUGUUGAUAAAAAAUUCUCAGCAGCAUCGCGGUUUCUUUGGAAAAACUAAAUAACUAUUUAACUAGGUUCACGACACGGUGCUGUUUCAAAUUAAGUACAUGUACACAAAAGCUACCCCUAGCUGUUUUACCAACUUUGAUCUUUUAAUAGAAGCAUAAAUAGUAUUGAUUUGUCAUCAAUAAUUUGGGGGCAUAAACAAACAUAUCUACCGGUUAUAAUGAAAUGUUUAUCGAAUUUUCGUUUUCCUUUACCUCCCAGAAAAAAAAGUACUUCAUCGUUCCAGAGCAUGGAAAUUCCACCACGAAGUGCAUUUACACAGCUCUUGAAGGAGAUAUGAUUCCAAGACAUUUACUGAAACAUGCAACUCUGAAGUCGGUAAGCAGUGAACAAGUCGAGUGUAUGCUUUUAACGGAAGCAUAAUCCAACCAGCGCCCAAGUCAAUGCAACAACAAAAAUGCUUAGGAACAGUAUUGAGGUUAUUCAAGAUCUAUGUUUUAGUAACAAACUGUGAAGAAGACGCUGUCACCGACAACGCCUCAUUUCUUCCCCGUGAUUCUUUUACUUCUGCAUACUUUUCCGUUCACUACAGUUUGUAUAAGCAGAGAAAUUUAAUUAACAUUUUCCUUCUUUCGGUUCUUUUUAAUAAAGGAAAAUAUCGAAGGGAAUUUGACCCACGUUAUUUUCCAAGUUGAUAAUGAUACUGAAGUGGACGUUUACCGUGCAAAAGGACUUCACGGAAAGAUAUACGAGGUCAGUAACUGUUAACACGAGAGAUCAAAAUUAAAACUCUAGGCUGAGUAUUUCUCUUUUGUUGCUGCUUUUUUUGUUUUGUUUGUUUUUCUUCUCGUUUUUAGUAAUUUUGUGAACAUGGCAGACGAGCGACUCUUUGAACUGUUUAUUACUUUCUUAAUAUCUGUCACGUUUCUUUUCAACUCUUGAACGCCUGAUCCCGCGUGAAAUCGAUCAUUUGAUCCUGGAAGUUUUGUUUUCAACUCAAAGGUGGCUUUUAUGAAUCGAACAUUUAGCAAACGUCGAGAUGGGCCGGGGCAGUGAAAUGAAUAAAUGAAUAUACACAAAAGGAAGAAACAAAAUAAUUUAUUAAUAGGAAGAAAGAACUAGUAUAUUGAUCAUCAUUUUCUUAUCUAGAAUGAACUUUUUUUUUUAAUUUAGCUUUUCUGUUAACUCUAGAUCAUACUCUCGUGUUCGCUUGCUAGGUUUAUUUGCAUCUUCCAAAUGGGACAAUCCAUAUGCGCUCCAAGGAACAUGAGAUGAACUUCACAGACUACAAGCAGCUAAACUGCUACAAAUACAUUGAAGAAAAUGAUACAAUCGAAGAGGCUUUUUACCAAUCCAAUGAUUCAAAGCUGUGUAAAUAUUAAUACUUUUUUACUUCUUUGCUUCAGAACACUGUCGUUUAUUUUCUCCUUAGAUCUGCGACAGUAUCAUUGACUGAUGCCUAAAAAGGACACAAAAUUACAUCUUUCACUGCAUAUUCCCCGAGGGGUACUCCCUAUAAUUGCUUAUACGCGGAGGACCCUUCCGAAAGAGGUACCUUUUUCGGGCUUGGAAAGGAUAGGGAUUUCAGUAGCUAAAGUAAAUGAGAGGAAAGGGAAAUCUAUCAUUUGGUCUGUGAAAGGACGUAAAAGAGCAAACAGAAAGAUUUUAUGGCUGUGAAAAAGGCGAGAAAAUAUCCAGAUUUUGUGAUUUAAUUAACAAUUAAUGAAUGAGGAUGAGUAUCUUAUGAAGAAUUAUGGAGAUCGAGGAGGGUGUUAUCGGCCGAGGCGGAUAACACACUCUGAGAUCUCCAUAAUUCUUCAUAUGAUACGAAAGCCGAAUUCAAUAGUUGUUUUAUUAUUCAUUCAAAAAAAUUAGCUAAAACAUGCUUACCGUCCAUCAAUGUUACGUUCAUCUUCGAUAGUGCACGUUUAGGGUUGUUCAGCUACGCAAAUAUUCUCCAAAUAGCAGGCGUCGCCCUUCGAGUUGUCUUCUUGCUGUUCUUGCCAUGUUUUUAGCUAUUAUUUCGCCUAGUUCUUACCUCGGGGCAGAGCCUUUGUUGAGUACCCCCCAGGGAGGCGUCAUAGUAUUCGCAAUUAACUAAUUAUGAACAAUCCAAAGACGAACUCGAGUUUUUUAUCACCAAAUAGCUGAGAGUGAGCCUUCUAACCAAUUUAAUAAACCUUGCUAGCACUUUCUUUUUUCUACGUCUGGCAAAGAGUAAAUAAGGAGUACUUUUUGGCNUUGGUCUGUGAAAGGACGUAAAAGAGCAAACAGAAAGAUUUUAUGGCUGUGAAAAAGGCGAGAAAAUAUCCAGAUUUUGUGAUUUAAUUAACAAUUAAUGAAUGAGGAUGAGUAUCUUAUGAAGAAUUAUGCUUACCGUCCAUCAAUGUUACGUUCAUCUUCGAUAGUGCACGUUUAGGGUUGUUCAGCUCCGCAAAUAUUCUCCAAAUAGCAGGCGUCGCCCUUCGAGUUGUCUUCUUGCUGUUCUUACCAUGUUUUUAGCUAUUAUUUCGCCUAGUUCUUACCUCGGGGCAGAGCCUUUGUUGAGUACCCCCCAGGGAGGCGUCAUAGUAUUCGCAACUUAACUAAUUAUUAACAAUCCAAAGACGAACUCGAGUUUUUUAUCACCAAAUAGCUGAGAGUGAGCCUUCUAACCAAUUUAAUAAACCUUGCUAGCACUUUCUUUUUUCUACGUCUGGCAAAGAGUAAAUAAGGAGUACUUUUUGGCGCCUUUUUAUCAAUUUUAUCGGGCUAGACAGCAAAGAAACCGAUAACUCUAAACUAAAAUUUAUUUUGAAGACAUGUACAAAAAAGAAAAAAAAAACAGAAAGAAAUUUUCGAAAUACUGUUUGCUCCAAAAUUUCCAAAUAUAAAAAGACAAUAGAGUUUUACAAAAAGAGAAAACUGGGGUUUUAAAAGUCUGCUAAAAGUUUCAGCUUGGUAGAAAAACUGGAAGAACGGAGCGGGAUACAAACUAAGUAAACAAAUUUACAUGUACACAUCUAUACUUAGCAGACGUGUACGUAAACGUAAAUGCCGCUUUUGUUAAGGUCUUCAUGAUCUGGCUGAAAGAAACCGUGAGAAAAUUGCCUCCUCCGUAACCAAGUUAUCCAUUAAAAAGGUUAAAAGCAAUAGUUUUGCAGCUGCAGAGCGGUGUCCUGCAAAGAGAUAAAAACGCAUCUUUAUGUAAAGAACCGCAGCCAAGAAGAAAACAACUUAAAAAUUUGAAUGGUUUACAUGAAGGGAAACUGACCAUUUACAUGAGGAAACCGGACAUUGUGAUUGGAGGAUCAAAAAUUGUUCCAUUCCGCCGUUUGGAAAGAACAGAAAAUGAGGGCUGCCGUUUGAGCCAAUCCAAUUUCUCUACUCUUUUGAGUCUCUUCAGCUUAUUUAGAUACUCUUUGAAGCGGGUCCUUCUCCCACAAAGUCAAAUUCAAUUGCUGAAUGUUUACAAAAGAGACAUUCAACCGGAUGAUUUGUGUAAAUGGUAAGCACCCAGUUAUCCAAGUAUAGCCACUAGGAUUAUUUUCACCCUUUCCAUUGGCCCGAUUUACACGCUGUCUAUGAGCUGAAAGAUAUAGCAUGUUAAUCAGCGAUCAGAAUGCGGGUUUGCGUGCGAUGGCAUGUUAGUAGAAUUCUACUAACCUUCAUUAUCUUUAGUCACAGAAAGCCAAUCAUCCCCUGAGUCAUCGAUAAUAGAGAAGAAUAUCCGAGAACUGUCUACCAACUUUACGCAUAAAACAAAUGAUAGUAUUUCCUUGAGCAAUGCCAGUCUGAUUCAGCAGCCUUCGUCAGUCGUUAAACGUCGUCGACGCGGGAUUGGGUGGCGAAACGGUGGUUUGGACUGGUGGUACGGAAACUGGUGCGGGCCUUACCAGGGUGGUUAUGAAGACAACCCAAAACCACACUGUCGGUGGUUUUGUGACCAAACGAAAAGCUAUGUAAACCGCGCUUGUCGUGACUGUCUCCCGCCCCAGGAUGGCUUGGAUGAAGCAUGUAUGGAGCAUGACAGGUACAAUAUCUGGUAACAAUUAAUGUCACAUUAUAAGACGAGAUUUGGACUGUCUGGCCUGUUGUAAAAGGGGGCGAAAUAUAGUGACCAGUAACAUGAACUCAAACAAAUGCAAUUGACGACUAGAUUUAUUAUGUAAACAUUGAUUUACGCUAACAGUGUGGAAUUUUGGGGGCCGAAUCGCAGACGUACAUGUAUCCUCCGCGAAACGUCCCUAGCGGUAGGGAGCGAGGAGAAACGGUCGUAUUCGCAAGCUACAGGUUUUGAUAUUUAUUAGAGAAAUGUUAUAAAUUAAAGUGAUUUACAUAUAAUUAUCCUUAUAACACAGGCGGUCCAAGCUCAGUAUGAGAGUUUAAUCAUUAAUACAUGUGGUUUCAUAUUAAGUAAUCCUUAAAAUGGCCUUGAACAUAAAAGAUUUGUAAGGGAAUUCAGGUAAAAGUUCAAGAAUAUAGAUACUCGCUAGAAUUUUCAAGAAAUAGUCUUUACCUUAUUUACUUUACUUGUUUUUCCUUGCUUGUGAUUAUUUUCCCGAUCCAUUUUUUUUAUUGAAAAUUCUGGCGAGUAUUAUUUAACGCAGUUUCUGCCUCCUUUCAAAGAUGAAUUGCAACAAUGUCGCAAGGUUCGAGAUUCAAAAAUUGACGAGCGAACACACCUCGUAUAGACUCGUGUCUCGCUUGGGUAGUGAGUUCCAGGACGGAAAGAACGCCCCCUUUCAGAAGAAGUUGGGAAACAUUUAAGAACAAUUUCAAUUCGUCACACUCAGAGCAAACCCAUUUAAUUUCUUCAAAAAAUCUAUGUAUAAAGUAAUUUACACUUUUCGUAAACAGUAGAGACUCUUGAGCAGACAGAUAACGAAAUUAUGUCGAUGUGUAUGGACAUUAGCAUUUGCAUUUGCUGAAUGGCGACUUAUGUAAUCGUUAAAUAAAAUUGCCAAGACUUGGUCGGCUAGAUUUUUCCCAUGCCUGAAGCAAACCAAGGUUGAGUUACGUUAUCCCAAGUGAACUAAAAGCUUGUUUCAAAUAGAUCGUAAGAUGGCUGUGAACAACUUUUAAAAUCCUUAUAUCACCUGGUUCCAACGUCCUAUUUCACACGCUGUGAAAAUCUUAUUUACGAAUUAAAUGCAGGUGAUUUUCGACAGUCGUGACAUGUAUACGUUAUUUAUAAUACUUCUAUUUAUGACUUUGUUUUUUAUUAUUAGGUGUCUCGUCAAUCACGAUAGGGGUCCUUGGUGGUGCCAGCCAAUCGGGAAUCGCUGCAAGUGUGAUAGUCCAUUUGUAUGGAGGGCCUACAAUCAAAUCUACUCGUGUUCAUCAAGGAGUUGUAGAUCUCACGCCCGGCAAGUCUUCUGGACAUUUUACUACCUUUUGUCUUGUUGGUAUCCCGCAAGGUUCUGUUUUCCUUGGUUUCGGUUUGUUUGCGGAUGUAAAUGGUGUUCGUGUCCAAGAAUUAUAGUCUAUUGGAAAUGUAUUUUUUUUAAGGCGUGUGCUUUCUUUGGUUCCGGAUCAGUUUAUUACUAACUAUCAAGUCGAGUAAAACGGUAAUAAUUCAUAGAUUAACAUGAUAGGUAAAGGAAAAAAGUCAAAGAAAUUGUAAAGCGUGAUACGCAGCACAUGUACAGAUAGCUGCCGAUGGUGUCAAUAUCAGCAUGUAUUUGACUUGUUACUUUUUUAUACUCUGGAACCGUCUAAUACUGUGCUGCUUUGUUUACUUGCAUUCAACUUAGAAAAACUUUGACCCCGCCCUUAAGAGUUUCUGUCUUAUUAAAUUAAGAGUUUUUAUCUUACUAAAUUACUUCUUGAUCAAACAUUAAGUUCAUCAGAAUGAAGGGAAUAACCGGCAAAUCAAGAAUCUUCGUUUGUUUAACAAAUUAUCUUCAUCAGUAUUGUAGGAAAUAUAUGGAGCCGGUAAGACUAUCCUCUCAUAUUAUUUUAUCACGUUAGCCAAAGGCAGUUGUAAUAAAAACAUUUCUUUAUGUUCCGCCGGUUCCGUAGGUUCGGCGGUUCCUCCGUCUACAGUUCCACAGAUUAGUCUUGCCCAUAAGGAGGACAGUGCUGGAGAUAGAGUUCGGAGGGUCAAACAGCUGCAAGGUGUUUCUUCCAAACAGUGAUGAUUUAAGUCGUAUACAUGCUAAUCUUCGCAUCAUCUUUUAAAAGGGCAACUUUAAUAGUAAUAUUAGCUGUCCGAACAGUUUAUCAAAACUAAAUGCAUGUAGAUUUUAAAUUGACUGCCGUUUAACUCUUCAGUCGUGUAAGGAUCUUGUAGUUAAGAGUGCUUGAAAUAAAGUUUUUAUUAGUCAAUGUUAUUGUUGUUCUUCUAAGUUUGAACCCAUAGAAAUUCAUCCUCAUCACAAGGGGAGGUCAUCUUAGAGCAAUUUGGACGUUCUUUUUAGCCUUUCGUAGCUGCCGGUUUCCACUGCGCGUGGUAGGAAAAACUUGCAGUUAUGGAACGACCCGAGAGAAACAGGCGUCUCUCAUUUCCUUUUGAGGCUAAGCUGGUUAGGAGAACUAAGGAACUGAAAGUGUAGAUCUAAGGCCGGAUUGGCCAAGCCACUUAAGUGGCAAUAGGCCAUUUGCGAAACUAGGAAUAAACGUCUCAAGUUAUAAAUCGAACAGUUCUUGACUCAUGAAGGCUUAACAUUCCGAUCUGUCUUGUUAGUCUUACAACUUAAAACCACAGACUGAGAAAAAAAGCUAACGAAGGUGACACUUUAAAGUUCCAAGCACUGAUACACAAUCUCCCUCUAAGAGCCCCACCCAACUGGAGACACUGUCCACAACGAGUUGGAAUUUGGAAUGUUGGUUUUGAGGAGAGGGGAGAACCGAGGUACCCAGUAAAAACCUCUCGAAGCAGAGACGAAAACCAACAAAAAAAGAAACCCACCUAUGGCGUCCUACGAAGGGACUCGAACCCCGGCCACACUGGUUAAGGCUACAAGUUAGCUUUAAUAAUACCCACAGAUUACCUAUGAUGCUUUUUCGUGAGCCAGUGUCGAAAAAGGAAAGGACCGAAUUAGUGGGUGUCACUUUUGAGAAAAAAACUACAAAGAUAAAAAUGCAGCGAUUCUUUUUUUACCUGCUUAAAGACAUAAGUUGCUGUCAAACAAAGCAAUUGGAGUCGACAUUGGAGCUCAUACUUCCCUAAGUCGAGUCGACAAACCAAAAGAUACAUAUUCAUCAGAGCUAAAUAAUGAAAAUGGCAAAAAUAUUUUUCCAGCGGGAAAAGAUACUCUCCAUACAUUUUCUUCAAUGAAAUCCAAACAAUUUUCUAAUAAAUUGUUGACGUUUGCCCGGGUGUAUACGCUAUGAAUGUUUGGGUGGUGAUGUUCCGGUGGGAUUUAAGACUAAUGCUUUCUGAUGAUGAGCGCACAAACACUUCCUCCCAUUUCCAGUUCGAGCGUUUCUUGCCGUUUCCCGGGGGUGUACGCCAUGAAUGUUUAGGUGGGUUUUCUGCUGGAACUGUAUGAUGAGCACACUACUCUCUUGUCCAUUUCGCUCGUUUGUUGCUGUUUUCCCGAGAGUGUCAGCCGAGAAUAUUUGGUAGAGAAUAUUCCACCAAAAACCAAAAAGCCCAGCCCUAUCCCACAAUAACUAUAAAGAAGAGACUAAACGGGCCACAAAGCGAUCACGCUUGUUUUAAAUUUAUAAGUCAUGUUUCGAUGUGACGCACAUCCUCGUAAGUUGCAAUAAAGUUCCAAAAUCUGUGGAAUUUAUUUCAAUCUGAAAAAAUAAACUAAUUGUGCGAGGAAAUUAAAAAAACAACAAACAAACGUAGAUAACUACAAUGUAAGUGUUUGAACGAUGUAAUUGACUUGAUUAUAAAGGUUAUUAAAUAGGCCUCUCUAUGAUAGCGUUUUCGAACAUUUUAGUGAGAAAAAUGGAGCAUUAAGGUGGGAAACAAAAGUAUAAUGUACAAUGGCCUAAUUCUUACACGUCUUGCCGUUCUAGUGACUCUGAAAGUCAUAGAUGCAGACAUGUAAACAUGCAUCACCGUUGAAGAUGAAGAUAUUGCAUAACAUCCUGGUCGCUAAGAUAUACAUAUAUAUUAUAAGCAAUGCAAAUACUUUUGGAGAGUUCAGCAUGCUAGAAACAUCAGAGCUGGUUUGCUUAAACACAUUAUACAUCGCCUGUGCUAUAUUAUGUUCAAAAAUAUCAAGAUUUUUCAAACAACCAUCAACACACGAACUUAAAGGAAACAGAAAGCAGUCACAUGUAAAAGCCAGCCUAGAAAGUAUUGGCGAAUGCGUUUUCAUAAUCUGGAACAGUCUUUACAUUGCUACGUUACUUAGUGUACUUUGGAAGUUUAUGUAUCAGUCGCAAUUCGCCAACAUAAAUUAUCUUUGUUCUUGGUUCGUGUUAUUUCAGUUGGUAUUCUAUUGCUUAUUUCUGCUAAGUUACUUGGCGUUCAUGGACGGGAUUUGCAGAUUUAUCAACGACAUUUUCUUUCCUAUGAUUAAUUCCCUUUCGUGGAUAAUUUGCAUAGUCUGUCUGUCACAAGAGAACGGCUAUGUGGAAUUUCAAGACAUUGGGUAUUUUGUUGUUCAUAUUCUUCCUGUAAUUGCGGCAUCAUUCUUCGAGAUUUGGACUUACACGCCCAGAGGGACCAACAAGCUACGAACAGUGUGGACCAUGUACUGUCCAGGAUUGUUUUUGACUUUGUAUGCAGUAAAUAACGAUCAAGUCGACGUCUAUAAGUACUUAAUUAAGCCUCCCAAUCCCUGGUUUGUCGCAGUUAUUGGUAUAUUUUCUAAUCUGAGACUUGUUUUCUUUCCUCUUACGCGGUGACACGUUCAACUAUGGUGCACGAACAUUUUCUCUCAGGAAACUAGAGCUGACAGUGUAAAAAAAAUGUCCUGACAACUUUUGAGCAGCGUCAUGGAGAAAUUAAGAUAUUGGUUUUAAUAAAUUUAAGCCAAGCUUUGAACGAUACACUCUCAAGAGGAGCUCAGUAGCGCUUCAAAUGUCACCUUUUGAAUCAUCGAAACAGAUUUACCUUGUCAACGUAAGCGAGGAGUCAGUCUUUUGUGUGUUUAUUUUGUGCAACUACAUAAUUUUUUUAAUUUGAAACUAACAUCAUUAUUCAUAGGUUCAACUCAACAUUUCUAACAACUCGUCCGGUAAUCCACGGCGAAUUUCCACUUAUUUUCAUUCCAGUAGUUUUAUUACUGAUAUUAUGUUUUGUUUCUCCUAGUGUAUUAAAAUUGUUGUUUAUUGUGUUUGUUGAAGUGGCGAAGUUUACUCCUCUAGGGCUUCUAAGAGUAAGGUCGUUGUAACCACUGUUAAUAGUUAAGCAGCGUUAAAAAAGGAGGAUUAAUUCAAUAAUAAAUCCAGUAGUUAUUUCGAACCAUUAAUCAGUUUAGCUACUUGAACUAAAAACAUUCAUUUCUUCAGAUUCCACUUAUGACCCUUUUUUUUCAGUCAUGGUAACGCUGGUCAGCUUUUACAGUGAUAAGUAAGGUAUAAAAAGGUACUAUACUGUCUUUAUUGUCUCGAUAUAUUCUUAGGGUGAUCUGAAAGAAAUAAUCUGAUUUAGCUGGAUUACGAUGAAACGCUGUCUACCUUUCACCCUGAUCAGGAACCUCAUUACAAAGAAAUGUGUAAUUUCUUGCAAUUUAAAAGCAACUCUUUUUAGCUCGCGCCCUUGCGUGAGCAACACCUCUCCCAAUAUUUCGAGCUUCAACUGAUAUUUUGAUUAGAUCAUAAUAAAUGUCCGCGGCUUCUUUUUCUUCUUCUUUCAAUUCCGUAAAACUUAGUAAGCAACCCAAUUAUUAUUAUCGUUUUCCUGCGCGAGCCAAGGCGAAGCCUAAGUAAGUCCAUUUUCAUUUUAUUUUGACCAUUUAAGAGCGCCUUUGUCACAACUAUAAAUCACUGGUUUCUUGUCUCCUAUAAUCAAGGAAGUUGAAUCACUAAUUGCAGAGCGGGGUAAAUUAUUUCUUUUGUAUCUCACAAUUAUUUUCUGCUGGUCAUGGAUUUCACGAAGGCAAUCCAUCUUGGGCUUUCGAAUUAGUUGUACGACUGAGGACGAGUCAGGGAAAGGCGGCUUAUGUGAGGUAUAACAUGUACACGGUAUUAAAGAGUCUUUAUUUUUUUUCAAAAUGUAUUCUUAGAUUGCACGGUUUGAAAGAAAUGAUCUUUUUCGGCUCCAUUAAGAUAAAUCAAUGUCUAACUUUAUCCGAUUACUUGCCGCGUCAAAUAUGCUAUGUAAAGCAUACAGCCUCCUUAGUAAAUUGCAAGUCAUUAUCUGAUUUUAAGUUAAAUUUAAAAGCACGUGAAAUAAGUGAAGUAAAUUACAAUUUUGAAUUAUCAUCUAUUUAUUUUGUUAUUUGACAUAUUUACUUUUAUUCAACUUCUGCAUAUGUACAUAUAUGUAUAUAUAUAUAUUUUACUUUAGCUUUUAUUACAGUUGAUGUGAUGCCUUGAAAGAUUUUAUCAACUUAAUAAAUGUAGAUGUAGAACAGUAAACAACAGAACUGUUUUAGCCCGCGUUUUGCAUAUGCAGCAAUUAACUAUCACCUCUCGAAAUAGAUGGAGCUUCAGCUAAUAUUAAUGGACUUUUGACCUCGUUUUAGACCAUUUCAGUUUAUAAUGAAUAUUGCGGGUUUCCUCUUCUCCUUGUUAUUAUUAGGGCCUUCCUGAGUCGCAAAGACAAAGCCUUUGGUACUUAUUUAUCUUCGGUGCAUGGCGUCUAAUUAUCUCUUACGAUAAAGGAAGUUGAAUCACUAAUUACUGAGUGCGACGUAUUUCUUUUUUAAUCCUCAGUUCUUUUUUAACGCUCAUGUAUUUUAAGACAAUGACAGCUGUAGAUUUUUUUGGAAGUUUAGCCUUCAUUUUUUCCGUGGGACCUCCAACACUUCCCAUCAUUUUGGCGUCUCACACCGAUUGGGAAAUUAUUAUGCAGCAGGCCAGGAUACAAGAGUCAUGCCUUGUUAUUGUUACCCUCUGAUGAUCACAAAACAUCAAAUAACUGAUAUCAACCCAAGGUGGGUUUUUACCUGAGAUUCUUUACACUAAGAAAAUGCCACGACUGAAUCGUCCUAGUUACUAAAGUUGGCCUCUUUUAACAAUCGUAUGGAAAGGAAGUAGACUCUCGCCAAGUCACCCGUAAAAAUUCCCACGGACUUCAUCACAAAGAAAUGAUAUUUUUGACCCCUUUUCAGAGCAGUUUUUCCAUUAUGUGGCGAACUUUCUCUUUUUCCUUUGUCUUACGAGAGCAUAUCAUAAUUCCUGCCAAAUGAACCGAAUUCUGACUUGCUCUAGUUUUAUUGUUAAGGCACGUCAUAAGUUACCUAUGUAUUGUUUUCUCUGAGUUAUUGAGGUUUAUUGGAGCACUGGAGGUGGUUUGUCACAUGUUUCAGGUCCACUUAUAUCAUUCACCUUUGCUUUCGCGUUUACCAUAAUACUCCUUCCUUCAACAACUAAACGUGGAUACAAUAAUUUCUCGGAAGAGGUAUGUUCCAUUCUUCCAGUGUCAUUUAUAAUGGAAGUACACGUACGCAUUUAACUAGUUGUAGAAAGGCAAAACUUUCCUAGAAACUAUCGCCGGCAUUUCUUUAGUUUCUUUAGCCUUCAUUCCAAGCCUGUGCCUUUAUUGACGUUAUUGUUAUUUCCAUUAUGGCCGUAGAAAUACAAGCCAAAUCCUUUUCUUUAAUAUAAGGGAAAAUUAACUCGAAAUUAGCCAACAUUUUUUUACGAUUCGUUUUUCAGUGGCUCAUGUCAUCUUCAUUCUGAAUUAAACCGAGCAAUAAUUAACAGCCCUAAAUUGGAGCUAUAGAGGAGGGUAUUAGUCUUUUCGUAGGUGGCUAUUUCAUGCGUACUGUCACUAUAUACAAAACAAACUUAAAGAGAAGACUGAGGAGCUGACAGUUUUCCUUUCUUUUUUUAGAAGAAAAAAAAAAAAAAUUUUGCGGGGUAGGGGGGGGGGUCUUAUUUCCACGAAUGCUGACUAGACGAACGGGGGUAAGCGAACAGGGCCCCGAACAGUCGUCAUAAGCUUAUUUAUUCCAAUCAAUUAACAACAAAACCUUGUCACCCCCGCAACAGCUUCGCACAGUUCUUUCACAAAUUGCUCCCUUAGUAUAACAGGUUCUAGAAAUGUCCAAAAAAAUCUAUUUUGGGUAAAAUUACGUCAAAAAUAGCCACUGUGAAUUAAUAAUGUCAUACUGACUAGCUUAGCAUGGUUUUGUGCCGGGGCUUUGUGUACUGGAGAUUUCUUUACAAUAUCUUAUGAGAAGUCAAGCUUCAUAUACAAAUUAUGUUGUAAGAUUACUCUGUACUUUAAAAUAACGUGAGUUAACAUUCACGCGGUUAUAAAACCAUCCAGUGGAUGGUUUUAAAGUAAAUCGUUGCAACUCUUCAGACUUCAGUGAGCUGCAAAGUAACAUAAGUUGGCCUCAACACUUAUAAGUUUACUUAGUCAAACAAAACCUGGCAGGUCUUAGGUCUUGCCUAACAGUUUUCUGCAUAAAGAUUAAGUUUCAUAAUUGUAAGUUGAGUAGGAUUGUCUGGGUGAACGUAGUCCUGGAUAGGACUGUUGUUGUUAGCAGUCACUGUCAACAACAACAGUCCUAUUCAGGACUACGUUCACCCGGACGAUCAAAUUCAAGCUACUUAUGAAAUGAAUCCUAGGUUCAAACCUUUCACAGCUUCAUAAUUGCCGGUGAAGGAAAAAAGAAACAUAUACUUUAAUAGUAACACAUGAACAUUUUACCCUAGCACGUCCCUUUAUGUAUUGUGUCCCAAUAAUUCGGGAAAAAGGCACUUAGACACUUAAAAAGGACCACUGUAAUGGCGAAAAUAUUUAUUCCAAAAAAAGUAUAUUAUUCGAACAUUUCUUUAACAGGAUUGCAAAGAGUAUUACUUUUGUCGUUGUUUUAAUAGACUCUAAAUAUAUACCUCAGGCUACUUAUAGCUGUUUAACGCAUCAUUUUUCUUUAUUUAUUUUUUUUUUAUAUCUAAACAUUAUUUUGGACGUCUAUAUGAACUUUCUCAAUCACUGCCUCAAAUAUUGCAAGGGAUGGAAAAUACAAUUCAGAAGGAAGUGGAUAAGGAAAACUCAGAUCAAGGUAAUUUCUCUAAAAUGUAUCUCUCCAUUUCUCCUCGUCGUCAAUUUGAUUUGUUGAAAACGCCUUAAAAGUAUCUAAAAUAAGUCAUUACCACCAUCAGGCAUUUGGAAUUUUAAGUAUUUAUUUAACCUCCUUUCAGCAUUUAGCAUUAAAUCACGUCUAUGUAAGUCAUCCUUCGAAAACUUUCUUUAAUAGACAUCAAGGUAACAAACUUCAUUUCUUUCUUCUGUUGAAUCACAGCAGUUUCAUUCAAGCGGAAGAGCUGCCUAUCGAGGCCAGUUGUAAGAUGUGCUGCACUUCUGAUCGGUAUAGCCCUGGCAGCCGUUGUCAUUUCAUCCGUUUACGCAGCAGGAUUGUUUAAUUCUGGCCCCGAAUUACCAGAAGUCAUGGAAGGAGAGGCCACGUUUGUAACUGACAACGGGGAAGGAGAAGUCUUUCAUAUUGUCGUUGAUUACAAGAGGAAACUUGUUCAACUCACCUCACUCGGCAAUCCUCCUUCUUCUUCGCCAGUAUCUGGACGACGACUCAUGUCAUUUGAAGAAAAUGGAACUACAAACGGCACCAGUAUCAACGCAACCAAAAUCGUCAUACAGGAUUAUAACACGGUUAGUUAUAAACCAGCUAACAAACUACGCUGCCAGCUUUCAAACUCGAAUUGAACUGUGCCAUCUUCUUAACCUUAUAAGUGUAUUCAUGAUAUAACUAUGUAACGAGCUUUCACUAUUUUCCUUUCUUCACUGAGUUCAUUGGCUAAGCUCAUCUGAAUAGGCUUUUGUUAUCGUCUUAUUCCAAGUGGUGCUACGCAAAAACAGAUGGACAUGUUUGGGAUGCUCUCGCUUUAAACAGAAAACAGAUAGACUAGAACCUUAAAAUGUCAUCAUCUGGAGGGAAGCUAACACACCCUAACAGGCUACCAAAAACAAGUUAAACUGUAUAUGUUGUAAUGAUUAAUGGGUUAGCUUUUUGUCCCAGAUGUAUAAGAGAAUGUUUUCACGUACCCUCCUCUACGGUGUUUAGAGAUUUGCAAAAAGCCUUCAUACAGUUUCAUACAGUGUGUAACAGUGACAAUAGUAAGUUAGAAAUGGGGAAACCGAUCGAAAAGCAAUGCAUGUUUAAAAUUGUCAACUUUCGGGUUUAACACUUAAUGUUUGAUCGAUAUGGAGCUAUUAUCACUAAAUGGGGGACAAUAAAUCUUGAGAUGAAGGCGCCUUUUUUUUCUACUUGUUUAUAAAAAACAGGAGAGAAAGUACUUCAUUGUUCCAGGACACGGAAACUCCACCACAAAGUGCAUUUACACAGUUCUAGAAGGAGAUAUGAUUCCGAGACAUUUACUGAAACAUGCCACUUUGAAAUCGGUAAGACUCAGGCUCAUUUAAGUAGUUCCAACAUUUUCCCUUUAAAAACCCAAAGCCGUAUUUCUUCUCCUUUUCUUUUUUCUUGUAGAGUGCAAAUAAUUAACAAACUGAAAUAUUUGACGGCGAAAAGCCAAUGAAAGAAAUGUGUGAUACGCGCUAAUCUGAGUAAUUGAAUUUUCAGCAAGUAGCCAUCUUAUUCUCCAGGGGCACUUUCCAAAAAUUUUCGAAAUGACCUUGUAGCAAAUCCACGAGACUGCUUCAUUGCUAAUUUUGAAAAGUUCUCAGUGCGAUGAUAUCACCUUUAUUCAACUUUUCUAUAUGACAGGAAAAUGUUGAAGGCAAUAUGACGCAUUCUCUUUUCCAAGUUGACAACGACACUGAGGUGGACGUUUAUCGUGCAAAAGGGCAUCAUGGAAAGAUAUACGAGGUAAGCCCAUUUAUACCACGAAUCAAAAUUAAAACUUCUAGACGACUAUUUCAGUUAUUUUUUCUUUUUUAUAACGUGAACGAUGGACGCCUUUUUUGAAUUACAUUUGACUUGUUUUAUUUAGUUCACAUGCCACGUUUUCUUUUUAACUAUUUUACACCUUAUCAACGAGGGAAACGACGGUGUCAUUUAAACGUGGCUUUCGUGACAAUUCUGCAAACAUUGACAUUGGUCGGUCAAAAAAAAACGAAAGAUAAACGAAAGCACCAUUUUCUUAUCUAUAAUGUAGAGUUUUUUUUUUAUACCUGUAUAAUUAAACGUUCAAUUGUUGCGCUUUUUUGUUUACGCUCGCUCAUAUUCCGCUGUUCACUUGGUAGAUUUAUUUGCAUCUUCCAAAUGGAACAAUCCACAUGCGUUCUAAGGAACGUGAGAUGAAUUUUACAGACUACAGACGGCUUAACUGCUACAAAUACAAUGAAGAAAAUGAAACAAUCGAGGAGGCUUUUUACCAAUCCAAUGAUUCAAAGCUGUGUAAGUUUUAAAGUGCGACUACCGUAAAUGCGCGAAUUAGCGCCCGGGGCGCUCAUUUGAUUUUCUAACGCGAAAAGGGGGACGCCAAUUCGAAGGGAAGCGCUUAUUUGCAGCUGGGCGCUAAAUCGAGCAUUUACGGUACUCGAACUGGGACACUUAGAAGAAGUUCAUCCAAUCAGAACGCAUUGAACAAAAACUUGUGGACUUAAAUUAAUAGGCCAAUAACAUUCAAGCGUUUAACAAUACAACAGCUUGUACGUUUAGGACCGUCUGAAUUUACCUGUUCUCACGGUCAUCUGCCCUCGUUUGUGCAUGGUCACUUUGGAUCCAAUAAUUUUUUUUUUGAAUUUGUAGAGAAUACCUGAAUAGGUGGCGUAAUAUCUUAGGCCGGGUCACGCAAUACAAAUUCAAGUUUGAAAGAUCUUGAAAGACAGAAUUGAUCUCCUAAACUGAUAUAUUUCGCUGAAAUUACAUGUAAACAGUCAGCUAGGGGGUUAUCAUCACACUUUGUAGCAUAAGACAAAAAAAUUUUGAAAGUUAAGUGGUAGAAUGUUCGAAGAAAACGGCCGACGGCACGUAAAUUUCACAAAAUACAUUUAACUGAAACAGGCCCUGUUUGCACUAAGCAAAAGUUUGUUUAGCAAAAAAGCCAUUUCGAGUGCGAACGAUUAUUAUUACUAUUUUUUUUUUCACAUACAACAUUUUCUCAAUUGUCACCAAACUUCAAAGAUGCCAAAACUUUCUCUUAUCUCAGCUGCUAACAAGGUUACAAAAAGGAAACAUUUUUGCAAACGCUAAACUCUAUUUUUUGUCAUAGUGCGAACAGGGCCACAGUUCCAAAGCACUAAAUAAAAAUUACGCGGAGAGGCACGGGAUUUCAAACGGUCGUCAACUUACUGGCAGUUGUUUAUAAGCUUGAAUGUUAUCGGUCUGCUUACUAGAAACUUCAGAAUCUUUAGUUUUGCUACAAAAACAAACUAUUUACCAACCUAAAUAUUGGCAGAAAGGAGUAUAGUUAUGAAAAACAUUUUGCUACCGCUAUAAAAAUUCGAAAUGAAAAAUUAAGAAGAGUUCAAGAGACAAGUAAAAGCUAGGGUUUAAAAAGUCUGUUAAAAGUGUUAGCUUAACGAAAAAAUUGUCAGAACCAAACGGAUAAAUUCAACGAAAACUACCUCUACGCUGUACUUAGCCGCCGAGUACAUAAACGUACCUUCCGCUUUUGUUAAAGUCUUCAUGAUCUAGCUGAAAGAAACUGAGAAAAUUGCUUCUUCGGUAACCAAGUUAUCCAUUAAAAAACUAAAACGAAUAGUUUUGCAACUGCGCAGAAGUUACAAAGUGAAAAAGAGCCGCAUGUUCAAGUAAGGAACCGCAGCCAACAAGAAACCAGCUCGAAUUGUAAUAGUUUCUAGGAACUUAAAAAACUUGCCAUUUACAUGAGGAAAAUGUAAUUGGAGAAUCAAGUGGUUUGCGCCAUUCCACCGUUUAGGAAGCUCUGAAAAUGUGGGCUGUCUCUCUGAUUCUUUUGAGUCUCUCCAGCUUAUUUACAUACUCUUUGAAGCGGAUCACUCUCCAACAAGGUCACAUUCAAUUGCUGGUUGUCUACAUAAGAGAUAUUCAGCCAGAUGGUUUGUGUAAAUGGUAUGCACCCAGUUUUCUGAGUAGCUCUUAGCAAUAUUUCUACUCUUUUUACUGGCACAAUUGACAUGCUGUCUGAGUCUGUGUACUGAAAGAUAUACUAUAGCGAGUUCUUCAGCUAUCAGAAUGCGGGCUUUGGGAUUGUAUUUUAAUUUUACUACUCUUUAUUACUUUUAGACACAGAAAGCCAAUUAUCCCCUGAGUCAUCGAUAGAGAACAAUGUCCGUGAACUGUCUACCAACCUUACGUAUCAAACAAAUGAUAGUAUUCCGUCAAGCAAUGCCAGUCUGAUUCAGCAGCCUUCGUCAGUCGCUAAACGUCGUCGACGCGGGAUUGGGUGGCGAAACGGUGGUUUGGACUGGUGGUACGGAAACUGGUGCGGGGCUUACCAGGGUGGUUAUACAAACAACCCAAAACCUCACUGUCGAUGGUUUUGUUCCCAAACGAAAAGCUAUGUAAACCGCGCUUGUCGCGACUGUCUCCCGCCCCAGGAUGGCUUGGAUGAAGCAUGUAUGGAGCAUGACAGGUACAAUAUCUGGUAACAAUUAAUGUCACAUUAUAAGUCGAGAUUUGGACUGUCUGGCCUGUUGUAAAAGGGGGCAAAAGAUUGAAGUCACUUAAUUCCAUAAAAAAAUUCUGAUUCAUUUGACUUUUGUUGCCGCACGUUCGAAAAAUAACCGUAACAUGAACUCAAACAAAUGCAAGUGACGACUAGAUUUAUUAUGUAAACAUUGAUUUACGCUAUCAGUGUGGAAUUUGGGGGCCGAAUCGCAGACUUACAUGUAUCCUCCGCGAAACGCCCCUAGUGGUAGGUAGCGAGGAGAAACGGUCGUAUUCGCAAGCUACAGGUUUUGAUGUUUAUUAGAGGAAUGUUAUAAAAGUGAUUUACAGAUAAUUAUCGUUAUAACACAGGCGGUCCAAGCUCAGUAUGAGAGUUUAAUCAUAAAUACAUGUGGUUUCAUAUUGCUAAUCCUAAAAAUGGCCUUGAACAUAAAAAAAAAUGUAAGGGAAUUCAGGUAAAAGUUCAAGAAUAUAGAUACUUGCUAGAAUUUUCAAGAAAUACUCUUUACCUUAUUUACCUUACUUGUUUUUUCUUGCCUUGUGGUUAUUUUCCCGAUCCAUUGCCAUAUAAGCGAUUUCAUAUGACUCCAAGUUUCCGCCCUAAAAGAAAGGACUUUAAGGUAAGGUGUAUUUUAUUGAAAAUUCUGGCGAGUAUUAUUUAUCUCAGUUUCUGCCUCCUUUCCAAGAUGAUUUGCGACAAUGUCGUAAGGUUCGUGAUUCAAAAAUUGACGAGCGAACACACCUCGUAUAGACUCGCGUCUCGCUUGAGUAGUGAGUUCCAGGACGGAAAGAACGCCUUUAAGAAGAAGUUGGGAAAGAUUUAAGAACAAUCAAUUUGUCACACUCAGAGUAAACCCAUUUAAUAUUUUUCAAAAAGUCUAUGUAUAAAGUAAUUACACUUUCCGCAAACAGUAGACACUCUCGAGCAGACAGCAAGGUAUUUUGUCAAGAUAAUGAAAUAAUGUCGAUGUGUAUGGACAUUUGCAUUUGCAUUUGUUGAAUGGCGACUUAUGUAAUCGUUAAAUAGAAUUGCCAAGACUUGCUCGGCUAGAUUUUUCCCAUGCCUGAAGCAAACUAAGGUUAUGUUACGUUAUCCCAAGUGAACUAAAAGCUUGUUUCAAAUAGAUCGUAAGAUGGUUGUGAACAACCUUCAAAAUCCUUAUAUCACCAGGUUCCAACCUCCUAUUUCACACGCCGUGCAAAUCUUAUUCAUGAAUUAAAUGCAUGUGAUGUUCGACAGUUGAGACCUGUAUACCUUGUUUAUAAUACUUCUAUGACUAUUUUUUUCUAUUAUUAGGUGUCUCGUCGAUCACGAUAGGGGUCCUUGGUGGUGCCAGCCAAUCGGGAAUCGCUGCAAGUGUGAUAGUCCAUUUGUAUGGAGGGCCUACUAUCAAAUCUACGCGUGUUCAUCUUGGAGUUGUAGAUCUCACGCCCGGCAAGUCUUCUGGACAUUUUACAACCUUUUGUCUUGUUGGUAUCCCGCAAGGUUCUGUUUUCCUUGGUUUCGGUUUGUUUGCGGAUGUAUAUGGUGUACGUGUCCAAGAAUUAUAGUCUAUUGGAAAUGUAUUUUUUUUAAGGCAUGUGCUUUCUUUGGUUCCGGAUCAGUUUUUUACUAA